GUACAACACUCGACCAUGACCACCGCGACAGACGAGCUCGACGUGCGCCAGUUGAUAGGCCGCGCUGCCGUCCGCGCCGUCCCGCCAAAACGGUUCACCCGCCUCGUCGCCGAUCUCGUCGCGCGCAAGGGGCUCGAGGCCGACGCCGCCGAACGAGCAAUAGCAGUGGGUCUGCUGCACCACCUCGUGCGGCCGAGCGCGCCAGGCAUCCUCGUCAACUACCUCGCGCAGGCGCUCGCCGCGCCCCUGUUCACUGCGCGGACGUUUGUCGUCGCCCUCCUUACGCAUCUGUACCGAUCCGACGCGAUCGCCACGGCAUCCAUCACCCCCCAGCUCGUCAGCAUCUCGUCGGCGCUUUUGGCCAACCCCACCGGCCUUGGCCCCGGAGAUGUUCUCCCGUCGCCGAUCGAGCUGGCGUCUGACAUCCCGGAUGUUGGGACGAGCGAAUCCGCCGCUGCUGCCCCGGAGCAGGCGCCGGCACUCAGCCUCAUCCUUCCCCUGCUGAGGCAGUGUGCAGCCAUGUCUCCGCCGCCCCCACCCCUGCUUGCGAUUGCGUCGCGCUUGACGACGCUGAUCCCUCCACUGCCCGCGCCGCCAUUCGACGUCGGGCUUGAGGCCGCCCAGCUCAGCGCCGUGCUGCCCGAGGACGUCGGACGACCGUUAAGAGAGUGUCUCGCGGGGCUGAUGGCCGACCUGCCGCUUCCUGAUGCCCCGGCACAGGACGUUGCUGGGCUGUUCGGCGUGCCGGACGUUGGGCAGCAGUCCGGAGGCUUUGGCGACAUUGGUGCUGGCAUGACCAUGUCCUCGUUGCGAGCAACUCCGCUGCCGCUCCAGCAGACGACGGAGUUCCUCAUCGAAUAUGUCCGCCGCGCGCAGGGAUGGACGCGCAAUGUCGUGUCGACCACUGAGCCGCCCCAACCAGCACCCCACCUCAUUCACAUGCUCAAGCUUGGGCGAUCAUUGUCGGCCGACUCGUCGGCGUUCAUGUCGGCAUUGCUGGACGCAGCCGCCGCUCGCGUUCUCGCUGCCUGGUCAAAAGGACCUGGAGAGGCCGUCUUCCCCUUCGUCUUCUUCACCGAGCAGCUGCCGAUCCUGUUCAAAUGGUGGCACGACAACUCGGACCCCAAGUGGCCCUACCCUGCAACGCUGCAGCAGUCGCUCUCAAACAUCUUUGCCUCGCACGGCCCUCAACUCGCGACCUGGUACCAGGCAUUGACGGCUCUGUACACGGCAAAGUUUACCCAGAUCGAACCCGACGACGAGGCAGGGCCGUACCAACAGCCUGAUGGGUGGGUAUCGCUCUCGCUGGAAGGGACCGCCGUGCGGCGGCACACGAGCCUCGGGCUGUUGGACGAGGACGCCAGCGUCAUCCUCAUCGGUAGCCCGGUCAAGGCCGCGCCGGGAGAGUCGCUUAUUGAGCGCCUGGCUAACUGCGCUCCGUCACAUUUGCCAGCUCUCGAGAACUUCAUCACGCACGCCGCAGGAAGCGCGCAGUCGCUGGGGGCCGAGAUCGUUCAGGCAAUCACAGCCGCGCCGCAGACACCCCCGCCUGAGAACCUCUUUGCCCGGCUCGCCAGCUCACCAAUGAUUCUGUCACUGAUCUCGGCCUACAUUACACCGUGCUCGCUACUAGAUCUCCUUGUGACACACCUCCUCCGAGAUGCCGAGGACCCGACGCGCGCAGAGGACCCCGGUGCUGCACUGAUCCGGUUCGGAUCAGGUGUGACUCUUAUCGAGGUCCUAUGUGCUCAGUUUGAGCUCCCGCUCCCCGACCUCCUGUACGACUCGCGACGCGCACUGAACCUCGCCAACUUGAGUGAGCAUCAUCAAAGCAACCUCAACGGCUGGGUCAAGGCUCUGUUCGGCUCGGACGGUAUCGACGACGAGAUCUUGCUCUCGACAUCCUCGUCCGACAUCUGCAGACUCUCGUCGACGUUGGUGCACCAGGCGGUCGUAGCCGCGGUAAACGGCCAGAUUGACCUCGACACGCUGCACAGCGGCUUGUCGUACUUUGCUCAGCCGCUGCUCAGCUGGUGCCUGGGCGGAGUCGUCGGCUGGCUCUGCACCGAAAUCGAGCGACAGGGGCUGCUGUCAGGUCUGCACUUGAACGUUCUCCAGACCCUGGUUCUCGAUUCGUCGUUCCCUGAACCGCUUUUGCAGGCCAACUCCCGUGCGAUCAACCGACUGCUGGAACCUGCCACUGGGCUGGAUGCGGUCCUCCAGAGCUCGAGCUUUGACACGGCUGCCGUACGCCAGCGGCUGCAGGCCGUCGGAAGCCCAGCGGCGAGCAGUAUCCCCGAGACCUCUGCUGCGCCGUCUCUCCCAGCGCUGCGGUCAGAGCUGCAGGGCGUGCGACACCUCGACCUCGCGGCGCCGGGCUGGGACUCGCGGCUACUGGAUGCGCUCGAUGGCGCGCUACUCGCCCACGGGCCACUGAGAACUAUCAACUCAGUGCUCACCGACAUGCUGCACCCGUCCAUGCUCGAGGUUGACGCGAACGCGAGUGAUCCGCUUGGCCAGUUCGCGGCGCUGCUGUUCGCGCUACGCCUGCCACGUUCGUCGACACUUCCGCUCGUCGCGACGCUGGUGGACGGGUAUAUCCCAACGCUGUUUGGCCCGCGCUCGCCAUUCAUCCCAGUGCCGCCCAUGCCAGGCCCGGCCAUCCUGGGUGUCUCAGUGCCAGCCGUGCCUGGGCCUCCCCCUCCGCCCUUGCCGUUCGCGGCACACGCGCUGCACCGGCUGCUGCGGGCAUCGCUGCUUGCUGCCGAGUCAUUCUCGCAGGACGGUGACACGACGACUUUUGCAGACAUGCUUGCGGCGCACCUUGCCACCGAGCUUGCGUUCCAGCGCGGGCGCCCCAGCUCGGCCAACCGUGCCAAGCGUCAACAGCCGCCACGCGGUUCGCUGGCCGGGGCGACCGCGGACCCCGGGCUGAGCACCGAGCAGCGCGAGCUGCUGGACACGCUGACGGCUGCGUUGGAGGCCGAUGACGAGCUCAAGGCGCGGUGGCCGGUUCUGGGUGGUGCCAAGGAGUAGUAGG